AUGGAUAAUUUGAAUAAUAUUUUAAAAAGAAAUAAAGAAUAUAUCAAAGCUAAGAAUGAAAUAAAGACCCAGGCUGAAAAUAACAGAAUACAACAACUCGGAUUAACGGAAAAUCUACAAACUCUAUUUCAACCCAUAUUAAAAUCUCAAGAGGAUAUUAAAAAGAAAUUAGAACCUAAACAAAUUCAACAAUCACCGGUUCCUUCUCCUUAUCAAAUAGAAUAUCCCAUUAAAGAUGAUGAAAUCAUAAUUAGGUCAUUAUAUGAUAUAAAUCAUUAUUUUUCAAACCCUUACCCAAAUUUACCAAAGACCAUUUCACCAAUCGUUGAUAAAAAAGGUUUAUUGUUUAAUGGAUUUAGAAUACUAUUUAGUAAUGUUUACCCUUUAUUCGAAAUCGAUAAAAAAGACUUUAUAUUUACAACAACAGAAGGAUUAAUAGAUUUAAUGAAUGACGGGGAUAUUGAGAUUGCCAAACGCAAGGAUUUAGUAGAAUACUUAAAAUUUCUGUAUAUGAUAAAGAAUAAGCGCAAAACAAAAAAAGAUUGA